CGAUGAUAGGUGAAGUACUCAAGUCAAAACAUUUAGUUUUUUGUUAGUGGUUUUGUUAUUUCUAGGAUAUAGUUAGAGCUAGUUUAAUUUAAAUUUGGAUCGGUCUAUCUAGGUUAAUUUUUAUUUUGGUUAUGGAAGUAAGACUUUCCUUUGCUGUUUGCUACAGAACACCAGAUGGAUUUUUAACAGAACAAUUUGAACAUUUAGAGUAUGACACUGUAGAAAAUCUAAAAAAUACCAUCCAUAAUACUUUUGAAAUUCCAUUGCAUAGACAAGUAAUCAGUGGAUGGGCAAUAGAACCUGAAGGUGAUGAUACUAUACUUCAGUUAUGCACACAUAGAAGUCGCAUAAAUUAUUUAAUUGUAACGCAGAAACAGGAAGAACAAAAUCCAACUGAAAUGUCUUCCAUUGUUGAGGAAAAUAUGGAAGAUUCUAUGGAGAUUAAAGCAGUAAAAAGUUGUGUAGGGAAAAUAAAUGCCCACAUAGCAGAAUCACGCACAAGAUUUAAUAUAGGAACACUAUCAGAAAUUAAAGAUACUGUACUUUUUGCCUCUCCACUUGAUAGAAAAUUUUUACUUUUAUAUAUGCACAAUUCGGAGGAGGAGCUUUCAAAUACAUUUUUUAAAUAUUUACGAGACGAAGAAAUUUCCAAAAUUUUAAAUGAAUACUUUUAUAUUAUUGGAUGGGAUGUCGAAAACAGAGCUUAUCACCCGGCGCUUUGUAAUGCAGUAGAAGAUGCUAACUUCGGUCAUCUAUCUGCUCUAAUUCAGUCUGAAGCAUGCGCAGCAGUGAUUAUUCAAAAUAUAAACGGCUGUCCAAAUAUUCUUUCAUUUUUAAUGGGAAAUGAUGCGAAUUCGAGCCGGGAUUCAUUUUUAUUAUGUCUACAAAAUUGUCGAGACUUUUUGAUUGUGGAUCGUACGAUUGUAAAUGGAUUAGAUGGUUCUUUACAGAGCAACGAAAUGACCUCGGAAGCUUUUCAAAAAAUUAUGGCAGACAGACUUGGCGAUCGAGAUUACGAUAGUUUUGCUUUCGACCAACAUGAGCUGUUAGAGAGGAAAAUUGGUUUUGCAUUGUUUGGCCAACCAGUUCAAGAAACAGGGAAUGGAUAUGACAAAGCUCAAAAUAAACAAAUUAAAAAUUUGUACAAGAUUAUUUUAAAACAUAAUAACUUAUAUGCCGAAUACAAAGAUCAAGUUGAAAUAGCUUUUAUGUAUGUCGUGUUAGAGCCAACUGAGGAACAAGCAAAAACUCGUAGAAAAAAAGAUCCGAAAUAUAAUCCUCAUAUUGAUAUAUCUCCGAGCCCAAUAUUUGUUUUAAGAAAGUGCCGACUAGAAGUAGGUGAACCUUGCAGAAUUUUUAUAGAUCACGGUGGCAGAGUGUAUUCGAAUUGGCAAGAUUAUUUAAAAAAUAACAAGUUACCUGAAAGUAUUAUGGUGUUACCAUUAAAUGGAAGAUACCAAGUAGAUAAUGACAGAGUACUACUCGAAAGACGCGAAACUCCCAGCUGUGCAGUAAUAAACACGGUACUAAAAGUUGGUGAUAUCAGUAGUACGGUUGCUGGCGUAGGAUCUGGUACUCUUAUGUUUGCUGGUGCUGUAUCAAGUGUUAUCAUGCCUCCUGUUCUUAUUGGUGCAGCGGCUGUAGGAGCCGUAGCUGGUGUUUACAGUAUUACUAGAAGUGCGUUUGGUUUGGCUGAUAAGAUAACUCACGACGAAAAUUUGAGUAUUCUCAACUCAGAAGCGCGAGGAAUCUAUAUUAAUAUUGUGGCAGGAUCUUUGGGAUUUGUUGGAGCGGGAGCAAAUAUGGCUGUGUCUCAAUUAAUUACUCGUGGAGUCAAUAUUGGUCAGGGUGUUGGCUUAGCUGUUAAUGCAAUUAGUAUGGCAAACAUAGGAAUUAGUGGUAUUGGUAUCAUAAACUCCAGCUACGAUGUUUUCGAUAUGUGGAUAAACCACAGGCAGACUCCGUCCGCAUUGACGAUAUUGCAGUUGGCUUCUUCAGUAUUAUUCUUCGGCAAUGCAGUCUAUAAUUUCAGAACGGUUGGACAAAUAAUAGACGAAACACAGGGUAGAGUUUUAGAAGAUUAUCAUGACUCAUUGAGAUCUAACAGACACAGGAAAACCUUUGACCGGCUACUAAAAACAACAAUUCGAGAAAACGAUGGUAAUCUAGUAAAAGGUAGAGCGGAAGUUAUCAAGGCCAUACGGAAUAUUCCAAAUAAAGACGAUGUAUUUGCCGCUCUUACAAGAAAUAGGAAGUUAAUGAACGAAAACGAUCUUCGUUUCUCCGCAACCGCAGGAGAAAUAACAUUAAACGGCCAAACAAUCAAUAUGAACGAAUUUAUAGGUAUGAAUAAGAAACAAGCAAGUGCCUUUUUGUCAAAUUUGCCUUCAGAAUCGAACAUAUCAAUAAGUGAUACUAAUUCUAUGAUAAAUACUUAUUCUUUAAAUAAUUGGUCUUUGCCUAAUGUUAAAGUAUUUGCUGGUUUUGCCUUAACCUUAAUAAACAAGUUUGGAACCGAUGUCCAAGGUAUGAUAAUGGAAUUAGUAGAAAGAGCCAUAGAGCUUGUUUUUAGAUAUUUCAAAGAUGCAGUUAGAAACGCAUUUGGAAAUUCAGCGCACCAAGAAAUCAUGUACGCUGUAAUGGAAUAUUUCGCAGGACUAUCAUCAAGGCUUCUUCAGCAAUACUUUACAUGGCGCAGAACUGGAAAUCCGCAUCACUACGAACCGUACUACGUAGAGGUACCGGUGGAUCCAUCUGAAAGGUAUAUAUGGAUUUUUGAGAAAAUAGUCAAAAUGUUCUUCAAUGGUGGUCAGUUUCCUAUUAACGACGUCAUGAAAUAUUUGGAAGGAUGGAUACUAAACGAAAUAUAUACUAGACAAAUUAAAGAUGAAGCUAAUGAAAAAAGGGACGAACAUUCAUCUAAAAAUAACAAUAGUCUUCAUUGCACUGUUUGUGGAGGAAAUUAUUUUAAAUAUAAGUAACUGUUAUUAAUAUAUUUAUAUUUUAUAUAUAUUUUAUGAGAGGUAUUACAUUGUUAUAUAGUUAA